UGGAAGGCACAGCCGGCAUGCGCGCGCGUGGCUCGAGUUCAUUCAUGUUUACAUUUGUAGGUUACGUCUCCACUGUGCGUCAAGCCAAGAUUACAACAACAACAACAACAACAACAUUACAGAAGGGCUGCACAACAAGGAGGGCACACUUUAUUCUAACGACUCCAGAGGCAGACGGUGCACGAGGUCGAGAUGUGGCUCGUUGGUUUGUCUACUGAGGAGUGUGACAGCGUCUUAAAGGGCUCUUGAGACGAAGAUUCGCUUGUCAAAGACGUGUGGAGGCAGACGGGCGGGGGCAGCAUCUUCCAACACCAUUGUCCUCACAAAUGUAGGCUUAACAGUGCAGGAUGGGUCUACCUGUGGACAGCCCAGACAGAAAUGAUGAUGCACAUAAAUAUGAGCAGCAGGGGGAGGGAGAGGGGGCCGAAAGCCAAACAGAAGCCUGCACCCGCACCCCGCCGCCCAUCAACAAGAAGAGGAGAAAAAGCAAGAAGAGAUGUCUGUGGAUCAACGUCACCAACUGCAAAUAUGAAAGUGUGCGGCGUGCUGCUCGUAGAUACGGCCUCAGAGAGGCGAUGGAGGGUGAAGACUGGACACUUUUUUGGACCGACUACUCUGUGUCUCUAGACCGUGUUAAGGACAUGAAGCGUUACCAGAAAAUAAACCAUUUCCCAGGGAUGAGUGAGAUCUGCCGCAAAGAUUUACUGGCAAGAAACAUGAACCGUAUGCUCAAGCUUUUUCCCAAAGACUACAAUAUCUUCCCCAGAACGUGGUGCCUUCCUGCAGAUUACAGUGACUUCCAAGCUUACACCAGGGCCAAAAAAAGCAAGACAUAUAUCUGUAAGCCAGAUACCGGUUGCCAAGGCAAAGGCAUCUUCAUCACCAGAUCAAGUAAAGACAUUCAACCUGGAGAACAUAUGAUCUGUCAGGUUUACAUCUCCAGGCCUUUCAUAAUGGACGGAUACAAGUUUGACUUGCGUAUCUACGUGCUGGUGACGUCAUGUGACCCAUUCAGCAUAUUCAUGUUCAAGGAGGGACUGGCUCGCUUCUGCACCACAAAGUACAACGAGCCAACACACGGCAAUGUGGAUGAUGUGUGCAUGCAUCUCACCAACUACUCCAUCAACAAGAACAGCGAGAACUUUGUCCGUGAUGAAGACACUGGCAGCAAACGGAAGCUGUCCACCCUGAACAAGCUCCUGGAGUCCAUCAAUUGCAACACAGACAAGAUGUGGAACGACAUUGAGGACGUGAUCAUAAAGACUCUGAUCUCUGCUCACCCCAUCCUCAAGCAUAAUUACCACACGUGCUUCCCCAACCACACCACCGGCAGCGCCUGCUUCGAGAUCCUGGGCUUCGAUGUGCUGCUGGAUCACCGGCUCAGACCCUGGGUGCUGGAGGUGAAUCACUCCCCAAGUUUUACCACCGACUCGCAGCUGGACCGUGAGGUGAAGGACGCGUUGCUGUAUGACACCCUGGUUCUCAUCAACUUGGGUGCCUGUGACCGCCGCAAGAUCACCAAAGAGGAGCGACGCAGGGUGAAGGACAGGCUGCAGCAAAACAGCUCCAGGGAGGCCAGGUCGGAGGAGCUGCGUCAGUGCCAAGCAGCCACGGUGGAGCAGAUGGAGAGGUACGAGGCCAAGCACGUGGGAGGCUUCAAGAGGAUCUAUCCCAGAGAGGGAGGAGAGAAAUACGACAAGUACUUUAAACACAGCAGCUCGCUCUUCCAGGAGACUGCAGCGUCUAAGGCCAGAGAGGAGUGUGCCAGGCAACAACUGCAGGAGCUGCGUCUGAAGCAGGAGCAGAAGGAGAGAGACCAGAAGGGAGGCCGGAGGAGAGACUUGCAGGGGGAGACAGCGGGGGAGAGAGUCAAACCACAACGAGCACAAACACAACCCCCCAACUCAAACUGUGACCAGCAGCCGCCGCCUCUGUCCAGUGUGUCCAUGGAUCCUGAAGAGGAGGAGGAGGAGGAGAAGGACGAAGACAUGGAGGAGCAGGAGCGGGUCAACGCGCUGCUCCAGAGGAAGAAACUACUGCAGGACCUGGGGGUGGUGGACCAGAUCCACCAGCUGCUGCAGGGCCGGACAGAAGGAGGGGGAGUCCUGCGGGACGCCAAGGACGCCUACACCCACCAGCAGAGUAAGCAGGCCUAUGUGAGACAACAGCUGACGAAGUUGGACUUUUUGACACAGUUUUCCCAAAGGACAAAGCAGCAGUCCUGCACUCAGAUGUCACGGCAGCACAUCCACUCCCACGUGACUCAGCAGCGCCUGCUCAGGCUCACGAUGGACCAGAGGAGCCUGAACGAGUCCGCCUGCCUGCAGUCUGAGCCCGAGAGCCACAACAGAGCCAGAGAAAUAGGCAGGACCAUCAGCGCCCAGCGGAUACAGUGGCCAGAUGUCAGAUUUUCUCCCUCUGCUUCCUCAUCAGUCGGUGGCUCUCUUGCUGUCAGGCAGGACGGCAGGAGCAGCUCCUACACCGACACCCGGUCCCGUCCCAGCAUCCCGAUCGUAAACCACGUCCCUAAGGGAGGCCUGCGCUGCGCCUACAUGUCCCACGACCCCGCAGUCCUGCAGAGCCUGCUUGUCAUCUCCACUCGCGCCCCUCUGGUCAGGAGACCUGGCUUCUCUCACAUGGUCCGCAACUCCUCCCACAGAGCCCCCCAGCACGGUAAAGGGCAGUGAGGACUCCUGAAAGCCUCCAACCAGGAGCUGGGAGUCCAGAUUUAAGCUGUAGACUGUAGACAAACAGGACCUGAGGAGAACUGGAGGUAGAGAGGCUUUAAACUGUGAAAAUACAGAAACACACUGUGCCUGUGAUGGAUAUCUCAUGUUUGUAGAUGGAUUUUAUAUCUGGACCCCUGCAGUUUACGCUGCUUGCCACUAUAUAACCUCCAGCACUGCAGAAACAACGUUAUGGCCUUUUAACUUUUUCUACCCACUGUGUGCGCUCAGAUAUAUGUAAUAUUUUGCUCUGAGGACGAAUGAUCUCACACAAACCUCACCAGCAGUGCCAAAAUAAAAGCAGACGAGCCCGAUUUAACACCAUACAGCAUCUGCACACGUCCUCUGAUCAGAAUCGAAUGCACUCACUGAUUAUUGGGUGUUGAUAUGAGCUGAAACUGGCUCGAUGGAACCAAAUGUAAUGCAGAUUCAUACAUAUCAAAGUAUUAUUAGUUCAGAUUAAAACCCUGUUUGAAGAUAAACUGAGGGAUAUUAAAAAUAAAGGCCUCCUGCUUCUUUUCUCAAG